AUGAAAUACGUUCUUGUCUCUGGAGGUGUCAUAUCCGGUAACGUGUCGUCCAUCAAGGUCGACCCUUAUCUUAAUGUCGACGCUGGGACUAUGAACCCGAAAGAACAUGGCGAGGUGUUUGUCUUAGACGAUGGCGGCGAGGUCGACCUGGACCUGGGCAACUACGAGCGAUACCUCAACAUUACCCUGACGCGCGAGAACAACAUCACCACGGGCAAGAUAUACCAGCAGGUCAUCGAGCGCGAGCGCCGUGGCGACUACCUUGGGAAGACGGUGCAGGUGGUGCCCCACAUAACCGACGCGAUCGAAGAAUGGAUAACCAGGGUGGCGCGGAUACCGGUUGAUGAUACCGGCGAGGAGCCCGACGUGUGCAUCAUUGAGUUGGGUGGCACCGUUGGAGACAUCGAGAGCAGCCCCUUCGUAGAGGCCAUGACGCAGCUGCGGCGGCGCGCGGGAAAGCACAACUUCCUGCAAAUCCACGUCUCAUAUGUUCCUGUGAUCAACGGCGAGCAGAAGACGAAACCCACCCAACAGGCUGUCAAAGCGGUGCGGAGUGCUGGUCUCAUUCCCGAUCUGAUUGCCUGUCGCUGCGAGGUAAACCUCGACAAGGGAGCAGUGGAGAAGAUUGCCCAUUUCUGCCAAGUGGAAGUUGAAUCGGUUAUUGUGGUACGCGACAUGCCUACCGUCUACCAGGUUCCUAUGCUUCUGGAACAGCAAGGUCUCAUCCCGCUGCUCCAAGACAUCCUAAGCCUGGACCGCCUCGCCCUUUCUCCGGCGGUGGUCGCGAAAGGAAGCGCCACGUGGAAUCAGUGGAAGCGUCUCACUGCCCCCGAGGACCACUUCUUCGCGACAGUGAAUAUUGCCCUCGUUGGAAAGUAUAUCGAGUUGCACGAUGCAUACCUUUCCGUCACGAAGUCUCUCGAGCAUUCCGCCAUGCGGUGUCGACGCAAGUUGAAUAUUAUCUGGAUCGAUGCGGAGCACCUGGAGCACUCCUACCAGACAGAGGAUCCCGCCAAAUACCACCAGGCCUGGCACCAGCUCUGCACUGCUAACGGUAUCCUCGUUCCUGGUGGUUUCGGCCACCGCGCCACCGAAGGCAUGAUCCUCGCGGCCAAAUGGGCUCGUGAGAACCGCACUCCGUAUCUGGGUAUCUGUCUCGGUAUGCAAAUCGCCGUCAUCGAGUUUGCGCGCAACGUCUGCGGCAUCGAGGGUGCUAGUUCCGAAGAGUUCAACGCAGCAAAUUCGGAGCGCCUCAUCAUGUUCAUGCCCGAAGUUGACAAGAAGACCAUGGGCGCGACGAUGCGACUAGGGAAGCGGCCGACGCUCUUCCAGCCCGGGAGUGAGUGGAGCAAGCUUCGUGCACUCUACGCUGAGAAGCCUGAAAUCUUGGAGCGACAUCGUCACCGCUACGAGGUCAAUCCCGCUUACAUUGAGCGCCUUCAGCAAGGCGGUCUCAGCUUUGUCGGCAAGGAUGACAAGGGUGAGCGUAUGGAAAUCAUCGAACUCAAGGACCACCCGUGGUUCGUCGGUGUGCAGUUCCAUCCCGAGUACCUGAGUCGCGUCCUGAACCCCAGCAAGCCCUAUCUGGGCUUCAUGGCUGCCAGUGCUGGCUUGCUGGAUCAAAUCACGGCAGACGUCUUGAAGGAGAGCAAGGGUCUGGCCGUGAAUGGGGCCAACGGCGUCAAUGGUGUCAACGGCGAGGGCGCUGGAUUCUAG